GUGAGCCACUCACAUGGGCGCUAGAAUCUAUAUAUCUACCCUCUUUCUUCCCUUCUUGUCUCAGAAAAAGACGCCUGUGAGUAUUUGUCAGUUACCGUAUAAGAUUCAACAAGGUCGUACACAAAACCGCAAUCAUGUCUCAAGGGCCUCCGAAAGCCAAGCCAAAGAUCUCUGCAUCUCGCAGACUGUUCUUGAAGACAAAACUGCUCAAGAAGGCCAUGACCAUGCUGGAUAAUGAAAAGGAAUUCAGACAAGAUGAACGACAGAGGAUUCUUGGCGAGAAAGUGCCAGUCCUCCAGCUUUCAGGCAUGUCUGUGCAGGAUCUACAGAAUAUUUGCAAGGAGCUACACCAUAAAAUUGACGUGGUUGAUGAAGAGCGGUAUGAUAUUGCUUCUAAGGUGACAAAAAAUGAGCGCGAGAUACAGGACUUGUCUCAAAAGAUCUUUGAGUUGAAAGGCAAGAUGAAGAGACCAAACCUGAAGAGGGUGAGGGUGUCUGCUGAUGCCAUGCUGGGAGCUCUGCUGGGCUCUAAAGUCAAAGAGUCUGUGGACUUCAAGGCCAACCUGAAGACUGUGAAGAAAGAGGAGGAGAAGAAAGAGGAAGUGACCGACUGGCGUAAGAACGUGGACGCCAUGUCUGGAAUGGAAGGCAGAAAGAAGUUGUUUAACUCUGGGCAGUAGAUUUGACGUGGAUAUCUCUGCAAAGGUGUUUGCUGCUCUAAAAACGGGAGGAACCAUGCUCACUUUACAACACCAGUGAACAUUAAGACCAGUUAAAGUGCUAACUUAAACUAUUAAAUUUAAAUGCAGACUGACUGUAUAAUAUUUAAUGAAAAAAUAACAUAUUAGAACGCGAUAUUGUGUUUUUAGCUUUUAGCAUCCUAUAUAUGCAUGAAUGUAGCCAUCUGCAUUAUUACAGUGAUGUCACUUUGCUUUCUGACAUCUUUCAAACAAGAACUCGUCAUUAUACACAGGAAGUGCAGGUGGACAUAUGACAGUGAAUCUUAAUUUGUCUCAUUUCCAUUUUUCCUCUAUAACCUAUAGAGGUAUUAUUAUACCAGAUUAUUAACGACAAAGAGUGCACAUUCCAGGGGCAGCUAAUGAUGGAGUUAAAUGUUCAAGGGACAGAUAAUUUGGUUUUAAACAAAGACAUCAUCAGUGAAUCAGCAUCAGCUUUAUCCAGCCAGGUGUGCAAGGAAUGUGACUCCUGUUACAUGCUGCUCUCAGUGUAGUUGAAUAGGAUAUAGGUGAGAAAAUUAUAAAAAAAGAAGAACAACGGGUAUAUAUACAGAUGGUAUGGACAGGACUUAUAUACAAGGUUAUAUAAGUCUGUGUGUAGAUGUGAGCUUGAUACAGAAUAUAUAUAAGUAUAUAUCUACAUGUACAUGUAGCAAUACUUACAGUAAGAAGUAUUUGUGCAUUUGCAAUAAGUUAAAAGGAACAAUAAGAGCACGAGAUAAGCAUGUGAGUUAUGUGAUAGAGGGAGACUGUCUGUAUGACUCUUAGCUCUGUAGUGCUCUGUAGUGCUUAUCACAGAGGAAUAAUGGGAACAGGUUAUGUUCGGGGUGUGACGAAUAUGCAGCAAUGUUUCCUGCCUGUUUGUUGACCGGAUGGAGGGAAGACUGGCACAAAAGUUUAUUUCUGCAGUCCUACAGUUUCUUGGUGUCUGUUCUUGUCCUUUUUGAUGGCAGAUCAAAACCAGGCAGUGAUGGUUGUGCAGAGAACAUUAUUUGCACAUCAUCAUCGAAUACAUUGCAUUGCAAUAAAUAAUAAAAUGGAAAUGACAUUG